AUGGUACUUGUCCAAGGAAUUCAAGAGUGGCUACCAAAAUGGCAGAAAAACGACUGGAAAACCAACGAAAAUAAACCUGUUAAAAAUAAGAGUGCCUACGAACGAUUAGUUAGAGUAAUGAAAGGUCUGGAUGUCAUAUGCGAACACGUGCCUGGUCACGAUGGAAUAAAUGGAAACGAAAAUGCACAUCGACUAGCAAGGGAAGGCGCCCUCUUAGAACCUCCUUCAGACUACAGUUCUUCUUCCAGCGAAUCAGCAGAUCAAGAAGAUGUGGAAGAAAUUUCCCCGGAGCAUGUGAUCGUCACAAUACUUCCACCACCUCCCGAUAGCGAAGAAAGUUCUGAACCGGAAUCAGAAACUGAUCAGGAACCACAGCAAAUCCAGCAGAACCUGCAGAUCAAGAAAAUUCACUAG